AUGCAUAUUGCAUACCACCUUCAUUGGUGCAUUUCCAGAAAUUAGUAUUACUGAUGAAAUUUGAGAGGUACCCAUCGGUAGUGACCAAGUCUUACAGGUUGCAGUAGGGCAGCUACUCUAGGGCUGGUAGCCACUGGGGACUGGAAGUGGAGAGUGAAGCGUGAGAAAAACUUGCCGCGAAAUCGUAUCCCCACCCCAGAGAGGUGGCAGGUGCGGCACUUGUCCCAUUUUUUUACACUUCAAAUAAACGGAAACUUGAACUUGAAUUAACUCCAUAACUGGAACUCCAUUAAAAUUUAAACUUGAAUUUUAUUAUUACAGUACUCUAAACGAGCCACAAAAAUAACCUGAUCACAAAAAAUUAUCAGAAGUGGUUCUUGUUAUUUUAUUGAGGAAAUGCUAUUAUUUCUGAGUACAUCUACAGAUUUCUAUAGCAGACAACAGAAAGAACAUUACGCAUCCUACUCUAGAUCUUGGAAGGUAUUUCAUAAUUAUUUGAAUCCAAAUAGCAUUUCAGCAGGACGUGCGUCGUCCCUAUCCGUUAGCAUGGUUAUCCGAAUCAUGAGGAGCCUGCCUUUCUUUGUUCAUGUUUCUGGAGCGAUUCGUGACACGGGUUUGCAUGGUUCUGUUUUUCGCGACUGCACGCACGCAUCAUUCCUCUCUUCUUCCCACCAUGCCUUACACAGUUCGGCUGGAAUGCUGGCAUGCAAAAAUCAGGAAGCUACGGUGAGGCUAUCCAGUCCUGCGCAAGCUAGAAAACCCGGGACUACACCUGCGGGAAAACUGGAUGAAUUUGAUCAGUAUGUGCAUCCUGACGCCGAGAAAGAGCCUCUGCAGGCAUGGCCAGACGGUGUUAAUCCGCACACUGGCGAACGUGGCGGACCAAAAGGCCCCGAACCUACACGCUACGGUGACUGGGAGCGUAAAGGCCGCGUUUCGGAUUUCUAGUUCUUCGCCAGAAGAACAAUUUUGCUCGUAAUCCCCACAGAGAGGUCUAGCGUCGCUUGGUGAGGCGAAUUGUAAUAAGUGUGCAACAGCAGUCUUACCGUACUAAAUUAUUACUGAAAAUUCAAAAGCGUUUAAUGUGUGCGAAAAUUACUCCGUCUGUGAUCAUACUUUUAAUGAAUACGGGUCCCUGCUCCGUACUGUAACAACGAAACAGAAGCAGCUCUAAUAGACUUUCCAUCGCAUAAAGCAAACAGUUGUCGUUUUUAACCAAAAUCUUCCGUACAGAAAUGAACUCUGCGCAACAGCCAAGUGGCAAACAAUAAGUAUUCCC